AUGGAACCUGCGAGGACUGCGUUGGAUGAAACUGGGGGAAAGGAGAUAUCCAUGGGUGUGAAAACAGUUAGAGUUCAAGAUAAGAGUAUAGUUGCAACGAAGCAGUCUGCUACUCCCACCCAGCUGACGGAUGGGGAAGGGAGGGCGGUGAACGAGCCUAACCAUGAGCCUAUUAUUGAAAUGGGAAUAACAAAGAACAGGAGUAAUGUGACACCAGCUCCGCUUACUACCCAUACAUCGACUAAUGGAAAGGUUAGCACUAGCAUGCAUGGCAUGCAGAAGGACCAAGCUAUAAAUGAGGUGGGUACGCCAACUACAGUGCAAGAGGGUGUACAGCGAAAUAAGAGGGCCCAGCCUAAACCAUCAGAUUUACAUAUGAAGAACUCCCUGGCGGAUAGAGACGGUCGAACAAAGAACACUGUGAAUGCACAUAUGAACGAGAGUAAUUUGGAGAGCCCUGUGGUAAGCCUUGAAUAUGAGGCUGCCAUAGGCUAA